CCCUUCCGCUUCUCAGACCUGACCUUCCGGCAGUCGGGCCGCGGGCUGAGCCGACAUUGAUAGGUCUUCGCGAUUCGGCCCGACGCGGCCCCUCUCGCGACAUCAUGGUGGCGUACUGGCGACAGGCUGGACUCAGCUACAUCCGAUACUCCCAGAUCUGUGCAAAAGCAGUCAGAGAUGCACUGAAGACCGAAUUCAAAGCAAACGCCAUGAAGACUUCCGGCAGCAGCAUAAAAAUUGUGAAAGUGAAAAAGGAAUAAUCUACCCUGAGUACAGCCUGAAUGCUGCAUGUUCAAGGUGAAGCUGUGGGCACAUAUUAUAGCAGAUUGGAAACCAUCUCCCUUCAUGGAAAAAAAGCAAUACCUGUCUUGUUCAUAGAUUGGCAAUGCCAGUAAAUUAAAGUACAGUUCCCUCUA